CCCGCACCUCAUGGCCCUUGACUUGAGCCCAAGCACCUUGGUUUUAUAGCUUAUCUCAGCCUUACGUUAGUGGAAAUUCCAGCCAGCUCUCACAUAUCUCAAGUGAGGGAGCACAACAGUAAUCUCUUCAACUCUGCUCUUACCCCAGCCCAGUCCUUUUGGUUCUAGAACACAGUCGACAGUCAGGGUCAGAUGUGCUGUUCCCUCGUUAUGGAAUCAGGUGAAUCUGACAGUGGGAAGCUGGGAGAUAGGAAGAGAAAGGUGUAAAUAAGAAAAAAAAAAAGUGAAACUGAGGGGAAUUAGAUGCUAUCAUUCAGAUUGUAAAGCAAAUAGAAGGAUGUCUGGCAAUGUGAGAAGUAAGGCAUGAUUUUUAGAAAAUGGUUAUUUUCUGCAUAUUUAAAAACUUUUUAUUUUUUAAUUUUCAAGAUGAUUAUAGAGCUUGGGACAUUCAGAAAAGUGAACUUUAUAAACCAGAAGAAACUUAUCAUCCCCCUACUGUGAAAUUUGGAAAUUUGACUACGUUUCAGGACGACUAUGUUCCUCAGGAGGUAAAGCCUAGGCAAAGCUUGAAACCCUCGUCUGUGGUCAAACGUUCUACAAUCCCUUUUAAUGGUGAUACAAGUCAUCGCCUUGAUUAUGUGCCGCAUCAGCUAGAAUUCAAGUUUGCAAGGCCAAAAGAAGUUUAUAAGCCAACCAGCCAACCUUUUGAGGAUCUCACAACUCACCGCAAUGACUUUCAGGGUCUCGUUGGUGAAACUGCAAAAAUCUGCAAGCCUGCAUACAAUAGAGUGACCCAAAGUGCCCAGUUUGAAGGAAGCACUGAAUUCCAAGAAAGUUUUCAACCAUGGGGAAUCCCACCACCGGUAGUCAAGAAAAUACCGGAGUAUGUCCCACCUGCGGGUACUAUGCAGUUAAGCAGCACAAGCCAUCUUGACUAUGUUCCAUAUCUGGCCAACCGUGUUGUUCCCAUAAGGCCAGUUUCUUAUAGAAGAAAUAACAAUUUUCCUUUCCAAGGAAAAAGCACUACGAAGGAAGAUUUUCCAGCAUGGGAAAGUUGUCGUCCGGAAAUUAUUAAGAGGCAUCAGCAGAUUCCCAGCCCAUCUGGAAAAUUUGAUGGUUUGAGCACUUUCAGAUCUCAUUACGUGCAACAUGAACUGAUUCCCACUGAGAGUUGCAAACCUGUAAAUGUUGCUCUUAGGAGUUCUAUUCCAUUUGAUGAUGUAACCAUGUACUCUACAGAGUACACACCAAAGAAACAGGAAAUCUGCCCUGCUAGCUAUCCUUCCCCUCCAGGUUAUAUAUUUGAAAAUACAAAUUCCCAAGGUCAUAAAUUCUUCCGCAAGGUCACUCCUGCAGUGAAGGCUUUCUAAUCAUCAAAUCAUGCUUAAAGGAAAGCUACCUAGCAAG